AUGAUUAUUGGGAUUUUUCACUCCACAUCAUGGCCUGAAAGUAAGGAAAGGAUUGCAAAAUCAUUGCGAGAAAAUGGAAAUAAAAGAAUAAUCAUUGCUAGCACUGCAUUAAGCAUGGGCUUCAAUUUUCCAGACAUCAGAUAUACUAUAAACUGGGGACCUACCAGAACCAUUCUUGACUUUCACCAAGAAGCAGGCAGAGCAGGUAGAGAUGGUAACUUGUCUCACGUCAUUGUUAUUUAUCAUGGGCAUCAACUUUCACAGUGUGAGAAUGAUGUAAAAGAUUUUGUCAAUUCUGAUGGCUGUUAUAGAGUAGCUUGUUACAAACCUUUUGAUGAUAGCAUUGCACCAUUGAAUCCUCAUCAUAAUUGUUGCUCUAAUUGCUUCAAGUUGUGUGAGUGUGGUUCAGAUAAUUGCAAUUUGGUAUUACCUUUUGAAGAACAAUUGGGUGAAUGUGUUACAUUACCAACAAAGACAAGAGUAGUGACUGAGUUUGACAAAAAUGACAUUGAAUCACCAUUUGUUGAACUUAGUGCUUCAAUGCCUGUUGCAUGUAGUGUUUUUUGAGAAGCAACAUCCCAUGGUUUUUCCAGGGAUCUUAUUUUAAGCAUUACUGAUAAUGCUGAUUGUUUACACUUGAGGACAUUAAUGUAUUGUUACCAGUGUUUUCAUUAAAGCACUCUGUGAAAAUUCUGGAGAUCUUGGAUGAAAUUUUUGGAGACAUACCCACUAUAUCACUUACCUCGUUAGCACUUAAUGAGCACUUGGACAGCAGUUACCAUGAAGAUUUUCAUGAACUAUGUGAUAUGCCUUUGGACUACAUUUCAAAUAAAUCCGAGUCUGAUGAAUAUGAGCCUGAUGAAUAUAACCUUGAUGACAGACUAUAUUAA